AUGCCACAUGCACCGAAGGCGGGGGAAGACCACUCGGUGCAGCAGAGGCCCAUCACGCUGGGUGUGCAGGGCGUGCAGCAGAUCAUUCGGUGCAUGAACGACGGCAGCCGCGAGGUCAAGGACGUGCUGCUCAAUGAGUGUAGCGUGCUGUUCGAGUGCAAGGUGUGCCGCAGUAUUUUCCGCAGCCUGGCCAACCUGCUGGCCCACAAGCGCAUCUACUGCUCCAAACACCUGUGCGAGGAAAUGCCGCUGAGCACGCUCUCGGCGCUGUCGGAGGAGCCAACUCUGCCAAGCCCCACUGGCGAGUUGCAGCUGACGCCCACUGCAGACACUGCGAGUGCAAUGUACCAGCGGGUGCGCCGCGAGGACGAGCAGCCGCCACAGGACAAGAAGCCAUCGUCAAGCCAGGCGACCUCGUCGCAGACCCGCUACCUCUCUGUGCGCAGUGACUGUGACCUGUCCCAGCUGCUGUGCCUCAACUGUGACACAAUGUACACGUCUGUCACGAUGCUCUAUGUGCACAUGGUGUCGCUGCACUCAACUAGGCGUCGCUACUACCGGUGUCCCUUGUGCCGCGCUAGCUUUGUGGAGUUGUGGGAGGUCACGCGCCACCUCAUAAGUGUGCACAGUCAGACCAAGAAGCAGAUCGUUCAGCUGCGCGACAGCAUCCAUGGUGGCAUCCAGCUGCGCAAGAGCCGGCUGCAGCACAUAGUCGACUGCCUGCAGCGCAACAGCAGCACCGCCGCUGUCUGCAGCCAGUGCAGUCGGCUGCCGGCCACCUACCCCUGUCACCGGGCGGACCGACUGGCCAAGAAGGCCCGCCGUAAGGGCGUGCCACGGCGUAGGCCGCUAGUGUCAAACCCAGAUGGGGCUAGCGGCAGUGGUGCCAAGAGGACAGUGCAGCUGCACAGUGCCAACAUGUCGCCAGCCAUGGAGCGCAAGAUCCUGGCCAUCAGCAACUACGACCGGCUGGCAUGCCUGCGCUGCAAGCGGAUCUUCUCGAGCUUCUCCAGCCUGCGCCGGCACGCUGCCGUGCACUCGGGUCGGUUCCGGUGCACUCGCUGCAUAUACCAGUCAUACAACCGUGCCGACUGCCGCAGCCAUGUGCAGCGUAUGCACGCAGACACGGCGCACAAUGCCGAGCGCAUGAUUGUGCACAUGCCGGGCAAAGAGGAGGGCGGCCACCGGAUGGCCACGCGGCGCCUCAGCUCGCUUUCAUCGCUGGUCACGCGCUCUGGCGCCUACGCCAAAAGCACGGUGUAA